UGAAAAUCAUUCUUCCAUACUUAAAAACCUUUGUGGAAUCUCAAGUUCCUCAAAAACAAUAUGUCAAGUUACGAUCGAGCAAUCACAGUCUUUUCCCCUGAUGGUCAACUUCUCCAAGUGCAAUAUGCGCAAGAAGCAGUCAGAAAGGGAUCAGCUGUUGUCGGCAUUAGAGGCAAGACAUGCAUAGUUCUGGCUGUCGAAAAGAAGUCUGUUGCUAAAUUACAGGAAGAACGAACUGAAAAGAAAAUCGUUGGUUUGGAUGAACAUGUUGUUAUGGCUUUUGCUGGAUUAAGAGCUGAUGCUAGGGUGCUUAUUACACGAGCUCAAAUAGAAUGCCAAUCCCACCGCCUCACAGUCGAAGACCCAGUUUCCGUUGAGUACAUAACGCGUUACAUAGCUGAGAUGAAACAAAAAUACACACAAAGCAAUGGACGGCGGCCUUUUGGCAUGUCAUGUUUAAUCGGUGGAUUUGACACGCAUGAUGGGCAGCCGCAUUUGUUCCAGACUGAGCCUUCAGGAAUUUAUUAUGAAUGGAAGGCCAGCGCAACAGGACGUUGUGACAAGACGGUUCGUGAAUUUCUCGAGCAGAACUUCAACAACGACAUCGUAGCUACUGAAAGAGGGACUGUAAAGUUGGCUAUCAAAGCUUUACUGGAGGUUGUACAGUCCGGGCAGAGGAAUUUAGAGGUAGCAGUGAUGCGGAACAACCAACCUGUGGAAAUGCUCAACCAAGAUGCGAUCAGCAGCAUCGUCAAUGAGAUCGAGAAAGAGAAAGACGAAGCUGAAAACAAGAAGAAGUAACUGGAGUAGUGACUUUAAAUAACAUUAAGAAUUUGAUUUGACAUUGUUGGUUGUUACUAGGGUUU